UUGUAAUGUUACCAGACUGGGCUCCUUUCUGUUAAAGAUCGCGCAUUCGGAGAGAAGUACCAGUUAGAAAACAAUGCCGGAAGUUUAGUUAUUUGCAAACAAACCCACAUGUCAACAGAAAAGAAACAAGAUGAAAUUGCGAGUUAGGAUACAGGGCGUGACAAAGACAGUCAGUUUAGGUGACGGCGGUGCGAAGGACGUUACAUUUGCCGUGCUGAAGCAGAAAAUCACAUCAGAACUAGGAUUAUGUCAUGUAUCUUUUGCCCUAAGUUUGAACAAGAAAGACAUUCUAGAAGGUGACGAAACAGUUCUAGAUGACUUUGGUAUUGUGUCAGGAGAUCUCAUCCAUGUCUUGGUGGAGGAAGGAGCUUCGACCAGUCAGCCAAGGGAGGUUACUCCUACAAAUCAACCAAGGGAGGUUACUCCUACAAGUCAACCAGGGGAGGUUACUCCAGCCACCAGUCAUACCAGUACACUGUUCACCAGUGCCUCUAAUGUGGAUUCAAGAUCAGACAGGUCUGAAGAUCUAGAUGCUUCAAGUGCAGAUGAUCCCAUGGAAGGAAGCAGCAAUAUGGGAGGAAGCAGUGAUAUGCUUCCCAUGGAGAAUGAUCCAGUUGUGAAUCGGUGCUUAAGCGAGCCACUACAGUGUUGUGAGUCAACGACUGAUGAGGUUCCCGUCUUACUGGCUCACUUAUAUGAGUCUGUUCAAUGUGAAGAUCAGAAUGACUUCUUGUGGGUUGUGAUACACACUUUAAUGUUGGAGGCAGGAUUCAAACCCACUCAGGGUGAUGACAGUGGCAGUUCAAUGCCAGACAACUGGAGGCAGCCAGCACUCUACAACACCAGGUACCGUCUCCCGGAGUCUGACGGCGUGGUCAGCGCAGUGACAGGAGUAGUGAUGGGGUCAUUCCUCAUUGUACACGGUUACAUUGUUGGCAAUGAGAUUGAUGAUUCCUGCUCGUACAAAGUGAUCCUGAGGCCCAGCGAGUAUUUCACAGGAGACACACAGCAUGGGCCAGCCAAGUGCUACAAGAACCUAAAGCUGAUCUCUCGUAGUGUGAAGAACCAUGUCUGUCUGCCGCUGCUGAAAGACAUGAGGACAGUGUUGGGGUACCCUGAUGGGAUAAACCUCCUGUCCUUGACACAUGAACUGAAGUUGAAGAUUCUUGGUUUCCUGGACAGUGCGAGUCUCCUAAAGAUGGACAGAACAUGUCAACACUUUCAUUCCCUUGCCAGAGACAGGGCUGUCUGGCGGCGGCGCUACCUCCGCGACUUUGGAAGCCGAGGGAACAAUUCCUUGUCCUUGAACUGGUAUGAGCUGUACAAAGCACAGUACCGGAGUCGCAAAGAGGCGAGGAAGGCGAUGCGAGAAAUGACGAUUAUUACCCCAGGACAGGUGUGGAUGCAGCAGCGCCCCCAUCACCCAUUUGCCCCCAUGGCUCCCUACAAUGGGGGGAUUGUGGGUGGGGACUACGACCUCAACCCUCCCUUCCAAGGUGUUCCCGAUCCACUCGGGAGACGAGGGCGGAACCCACUGCAGCCUCUACUCCCCCAACCGAGAUUUGACCCCUUUGGACCCCUCUCUGACCACAACAUAUUCCCCGGUCCAAGAGGGGGGAGGAGAGGGGGUCGGGGUGGCGGCGGGGGGUUGGGGAGGGGAAGAGGAUGGAUGGGUGGAUUUGGGGGUGGUCCUGGGAUGUUCUAAAGAGCUGAGUAGAUUUGAAAUGCAAAGGAUAAAUGAAUUGGUUCCUGUCAGUAUGGACUUUGAAUUUCAAGAGAAUAUAUGAGGGUCCUGAUGAGGGAGUCACAAGUCACAAGUUGAUUUUGGCAGCUAGUCUAGUAAGAUUCUGUUGGUCUAGAAAGGUCAGCUAAUAACUGUCCAUUAUGCUAUCAUAAAAUCUAAUGUUUGUUUGAUUGUUUCUUGUUUAUGCCGCACUCAGCAAUAUUCCAGCUAUAUCAUGUCGGUCUGUAAAUAAUCGAGUCUGGACCAGACAAUCCAUUGAUUGACAUCAUGAGCAUCAAUCUA